AUGAAACUGCCUGGGGAAAGUCAACAACAAAGAGGAAUACUAUACAAAUCCAGAUAUCACUGUCCCAAAAACGCCGAGAUCCUUUCCAAACGAUCUGAUAUCGACAACAUAGGGCCCUGCCCUCUAAUGAGUGUACCCCAAUCCCCUACCACUCCGAUUACGCCAGUGACAUCGGAAAGUGCUAAAUUUUCAUACGGGAAAAUCGAACAAGACACUCUCACUACCGAGAGAAUGGCAAAACAGCUCCGUAGGUCGGCUAGAUUAGUCGUCCUGGGAAAGACAACAGUCGCGAGCGACGAGCAAGUGCGAGAGAUGCGCGCUGGUCGUGACGGAGAGGGGACAGCGUCAGUCGAAAAGGGCCAAGGAAAAUUCAAUUGCAAACAAAAAACCAAGGCAGCUGAAGCGGCAAUGGCACUAGUUACACCAACGAAAGAGGUUUUGAUAGAAACGGUGAUUCCCUCAGACAUAGACGAAUAUUCGAUUGGCGCUUCGACGCUUAUGGACCGUAUGCCUUGGUUGUUCCAGCUAGAGCCAGGACCAACCUAG